AUGACAACAAACAAACGCGUGCUUUACUGCGGAGGACUGUCGGAAGAAGUGGACGACAAGAUGGUUGAGUCGGCGUUCAUCCCAUUCGGGGACAUAAUAGACGUGAAUCUUCCCAUCGAUUUCGCGACACAAAAACACCGCGGAUUCGCUUUUGUGGAGUUCGAGUCGGCCGAAGACGCGGCCGCAGCCGUCGACAACAUGAACGACGCCGAGAUCUGUGGCAAAACCAUUCGCGUCAAUAUCGCGAAGCCUAUCAAACUCAAGGAGGGAUCCGCUCGAGCCGUCUGGUCGGAGGACGCGUGGCUUCAGAAACACGCGGGACAGACACUCACUGACGGCCAGCAGAAGGACACCAAUAAGACCGACGACGAGAAGGAGGGCGAGUCCGCGGCCGCCGCCACCGCUGUUGAGGGCGAAUCCGCUGGCGGUGAGAAACUGGAGGCCGAUAUGGAGGCUGUGGCCGAUGAGGACGAGUCGCCAGAAGUGAAGCGUUUGAAAGCGAAUCCCAAUGUGUUUUUCGAUAUGCGAAUGGACGGCCAGUUUAUCGGCCGAAUACGGAUUAUGCUUCGCAAAGACAUGUGUCCGCUAACGGCCGAGAAUUUCCGCUGCCUUUGCACUCAUGAGAAGGGCUUUGGCUUUAAAAAUACAAUUUUUCACAGAAUUAUUCCCAAUUUUAUGCUUCAAGGCGGAGACUUCACGAACAGUGACGGAACGGGCGGUCGCUCUAUAUAUGGCCGUAAGUUUGAAGACGAGAACUUUGCGCUCAAACACAACGUUCCCGGACUGCUAUCGAUGGCCAACUCCGGGCCCAACACUAAUGGCUCCCAAUUCUUCAUAACAACCGCACGAACGGAAUGGUUGGACGGAAAGCAUGUAGUGUUCGGUCAAGUAGUGCAGGGCAUGGAAGUAGUGAAGCGUAUCGAACAGUGCGGUACUAAAAGUGGUAAACCAACCAAAAAAGUGGUGAUUAGUAAUUGUGGUGAACUCGUGUGAAGUGUA